CUCUUCCUUCCUGUUGUUGCAACCAAAGUAGCCGCGACAUGAGGCUGCAAUCCAUGUACCAGAAUCCUGGCGCGUUGAGAUCCACUGUACCGCUGGCGCGGUCAACCAGGAUGUCGGACAACUCUUAUACUUGACGCUGAUUGCACUGUUUGUAGCAAUAGACCCCACUGUCUACCCUGCUGCGUGUGGUAUCGGCCUCUCUCUUCCUCGCCAGUACGUUGCCCCCAAGUUGGCACUACUCUUCCAUUCUUCAGAUUCACUGUUAUGACUCUCUCUACUCACGGAUCCAAUGAUGGAGGCUCGAACGCAUCGUUUUCACAAACAACGGUACGGGUAGUCGGCUACACAGCCAUCUCCAUAGUGUCAGUGGCUAUAAUCGCCCGAUGCUUGCUGCAGUAUCUGCGGCCGAGGAGAAUAGUUGCCCAAGACUGCUGCAUGGCUUUUGCCUACGUACUUUUUCUUGCGCAAUGCAUACUCUACAUUGUCCUGUCACCCAUACGGGGUAAAGUGCAGGAGGCAACGGAAGGCAAGAUACCACGCUACCCCGAGCUUCCUUAUCAUGUCUAUCUCAUCGGCAGACUCAUUUUUCCUGCCUUGAUGUUCUUCUGGGCCAUCCUAUGGACUGUCAAGUUUGGCCUGCUUCUUCUUUACAGGAAACUGACUGUCGCGCUGCCGAGGGUGUACAAUCGGAUGUGGUGGUUCCUUGUCGUUUUCUGCGCCGUCUCACUUGUUGGGAACUAUGUCGCUUUCCUCACAUCUUGUGUAUCACUUCACAGCUUCUUCGAUGGGUCUGGAGGUUGCAACAACAAGAUCAGGCAGUUCGUCAGCAUUUGGUACUCAUUUGGUGCGGAUACGAUUACCAGUAUCAUGCUCAUCGUGUUUCCUUUGCAUCUCACGUGGAACCUUCAGAUGCCGCGCAGGCAGAAAAUUGCUAUCAUGGUCCUAUUUGCCAGCGGAGUCUUUUGCAUCUUGAUCGCCACUCUACGCGCUGCUAAUGUCACUGCGCGUACUAUCAGGACUGGUAAGACGAUGGACGGUACAUGGCUUGCAGUGUGGAGCAUGGCUGAGACCGCUGUUGCCAUUUUGAUCGGGCUUUGCCCCUCUUUUGCCAUCCUUAUCAAUGCAAACCGCAGAACGACUCAUAACGCCAAUGGAUGGGGCUUCAACCUGCGUACCAUUGGCAGUGCUUCAACACGCCCUAAGCCCAAAGCGACUAAUGCGCUGGAUACGUUUUGGACAAACAUACACGGUAGCCAGGAAGAGCUAGCAGGGAAACAAGAUAGUGCCUCUGUUACUACAACAGCCGACUAAGGUGAAGAGGGCCCGGGCAUGGCUAGAUGAGUGCGGACAAGGUCAUCAGGAUGAUGGAAAUGCGAGCUAGCAGCAGCUAGCACAGGCGCAGGGUAUUACGUCG